UCAGAGAUAUCAGGUAUGGCAAAAGAAAAUUGUACCAUGAAAAAUGAGUUUAUCCUGGCAGGAUUUACAGAUCACGCAGAGAUGAAGAUUCUUCUGUUUGUUGUGUUCUUUUCCAUCUAUCUGAUCACCAUGGUGGGGAAUCUUGGUUUGGUGGCCUUAAUUUUUACACAACGUCUUCUACACACACCAAUGUACAUUUUUCUGGGCAACCUGGCUCUUGUGGACUCUUGCUGUGCCUGCACUGUUAUUCCUAAAAUGUUAGAGAACUUCUUUUCUGAAGACAGAAUUGUUUCCCUCUAUGAAUGUAUGGCACAGUUUUAUGUCCUUUGCACCGUUGAAACUGCAGACUGCUUUCUUCUGGCAGCAAUGGCCUAUGACCGCUAUGUGGCCAUAUGCAGCCCACUGCAGUACCACACCAUGAUGUCCAAGAAACUCUGCAUUCAGAUGACCACAGGAGCCUUCAUAGCUGGAAACCUGCAUUCCAUGAUUCAUGUAGGGUUUCUGUUCAGGUUAAUUUUCUGUGGAUUGAAUCAUAUCAACCAUUUUUAUUGUGAUAUUCUUCCUUUGUAUAGACUCUCCUGUGUUGAUCCUUAUGUCAAUGAACUGGUACUAUUCAUCUUUUCAGGCUCAAUUCAAGUCUUCACCAUAGGUAGUGUCUUAAUAUCUUAUCUCUAUAUUCUUUUUACUAUUUUCAAAAUGAAAUCCAAAGAGGGAAGGGUCAAAGCCUUUUCUACUUGUGCAUCCCAUUUUCUGUCUGUUUCAUUAUUCUAUGGAUCUCUUUUUUUCAUGUACAUUAGACCAAAUUUGCUUGAAGAAGGGGAUAAAGACAUACCAGCUGCUAUUUUGUUUACAAUAGUAGUUCCCUUAUUAAAUCCUUUCAUUUAUAGCCUGAGAAAUAAAACAGUAAUAAGUGUCUUGAGAAAAAUUCUGAUUAAAAAAAUUCAAGAAAAAUUGAAUCAAAUGACAUCUACCAUAGCUUGAUGUAAAUGCAGCAAAAACU